CGCAGUGAUAUUAUGGUAAUCGGAUAAUUUUGGAAAUUCAAAAUUCUGGUAUCCUCUUAAAGUUUCUGAUAAGAAGUUUUAUUAAAUUCAGUUUUAAACCAGACAUGAUGUAAUGUUUCGCUGCUGAAACGAUGGCUAAAGCGAAUUCAGUCUUUGUAUUUUCAUGUGUAACCAGUAGCCUAAACUAGUGGGAAGCAUUUUCUUGUUAUUCUUUGUCAUUGUAAAAUAUUCGGUUCAUUCAAGACGUUUGAAGACUAAUAUGUGGUCAGUUGAAAGAGGGAAGCGCUGAAGACCAAGCUGCCCGAACAGAGAUGUGAUGUUCUUAUCAUUUGGAUGGCUACAUUAGAAAAUACGUAUUUCCUUCGAUCCUUCUUACUGCUUGUCGAAGGCGGUUCAUAUAUUGUUAGAACAAUCAUAAAACGAGAAUGUCAAAAGAAAGAAGGUAAUCUGGACAAAUUGUUGCAAGAUUUCGAGAAAAAACUCAAACAUGAAUUUCAUGGGAAACAAUAUCAAAAAUUGUUCCCAGCAUCUGGUUGCACUGACAUCAACAAAUGGGAUUUGCAAUUGUUAAUUGGCGUGGUUACAAUUGUCUUUCGAACUUCACUUCUUAAACAUGAAAAGAAGGAAUUAGUUGUCUUAAAACAACUUAGAAAUGAAGUAUACAUGCAUUGCUCCUCCGCUGCUCUCGAUGACGAUAAGUACGAUGAAAUCAAAGAACAACUUGAGGAUUCUAUUACCAUUUUGGCUUCAACAUUUGAAGACUCUGUGCAGGAAUGCUGUUCCAAAUACAUAAAGCAGUUUAUUUCUGGGCCAUUGGAUGCUGUAAGACCAUCUAUUGCAACGCUGAAUGGGGUUAGUCAAACAUGUCUGAAAAAGGUCAACGUUGGUGUGCAUACAGAACUAGCCGUUGUUGGUCCAUCAGAUUGCUGGAUAGGUUUAUGUGAACAAACGCUUGAUACUGUAUUCAACAGUGCGAUAACAGGAAGUGAAGGAGAUGAAUUCGAAGAAAUCAAGAAAAAGGUCAACAAAAUGCUUGAAUUUCUUCUCGCAAACAAGGAAGUGGUCUUGAAAGAUUGCACAAAAGCAUGUGUUGUUCUCUCGUUCGAGUGUAACACCUAUGAUGACUCAUUGUUUGUAUUGAACCAAUUAGACAGUUGGGAAUAUAGGUACCACUUGAAUAAGAUUGCAAAUGCACUUACCAGAAAAUUUCAGCUCAACUGCCUGUUGACCAUUACGUCCAGAGUCACGACCGAAUGUUUGCAGUCUAUAUUGAUACAUUAUAUAAAAAUGAUGAAUGACGAGGAGACUGAAAGCCGCCUGGAAAUAUCUUCGGAAAUCAAAACAGAUAACACAGGUGAAGAAAAGACUCAACAAGGUGCAGAUGAAAUCAAAAUAGAUGACAGAGAUGAAGAUAAGACUGGGCAAGGCGCAGAUGAUACAGCUUGUUUGACGACAGAAAGUGCACAACCUCUCUUGCUGGACUUGGAAUGCACGUCAAAGGAGGGACUGCUUCAUAUUUUGAAUGCAUUCAAGGGAGACGAAUUGCAGCUUCAUAUGAAAUCUAUAGCAGAUGCUCUGUCGGCACACUUUAACCAGAAAAUCACUUUAAAAACGUCGUUGAACCUGAAGGAAUUCAUGGAAGCAUUUGAAGAAGCAGCUAUAGCUGAUAGCAGAGUGGACAGAGUGUUAAUAGAAGAUGUCUCUGACGCGGGUGAUACUCCUUUAGAAUUAGAAGCAGAAAUACAAGAAAUACAAGAAAUAGAAUCUCCAAGAAAGGAAACGCUUCUUGGAACAAGCGUAAAAGAUGUGUCAGAGGACAGCGAGGAGGUUAGGACAGUAGAUGAUUAUUAUAUAUUCUUUAGAGGUAUUAGUCCUGAUACAAAAAAGGAAACAUUGGCCAGUUUUAUGGAAGUGACAACAAAUGGAGCGGUCGUACGUGACAAAAUCAUAUUAAGUUAUACAAAGACAUCUGCUCUUGUCACCGUGUCAUUUGAUCAAAAUCCAGAUUUGAGAAGUGUUGAAGACAAAAUACAAAAAAUGGGUAUUGAUGGCGAAAAUCCAGAAGUUUACGAAGUUCCACCACCAGAAAGUAUUGCUGUGAGCAGUGAGGAAGAUAUUAUCAACAUGGAGUGUCUAGUACUUUACUUUGAAAGCCGAAAAAUUGGGGGUGUUGAGGUCAAACAAGAUCCAUACAAAUCGGAAGAUGGGAGUUGCAUCGUUAUUCAGUUUGGAGACCCUGAUAUUGUUCGGAGAAUCUGUACGAAGGAUACAACAUAUCUUUGGGAAGGAAAAAGACUUAGGGUUUCACCAUUCUUCAAAUGUAAAGCUGGUGAAAUAUGGGACAGCGAAAUUCAUACUUUGAAAAUACCAGAACCUGUUCUUGUGAAAUUUCGUCCAAAUAUUUUGGUUCUUUUGCAAAGGGAAUGCUGUCGAGAGCUUCUUACAGAACUCAAGAAAAAUCACUGUGUCCCAACAUUUUCGGAGCAGGGGCUGGAGCUGGAAUGUACUCUUACACCGACUGUAACUGGCUUUAAAAGCCUUGCUAAAGAUUGGGAAAAAUCUUCCAAACACAUUGUUGACAGUUACAUUUCAAACAACAUUCUUGAAAAGUCUUUUGAGUCGAGUGCCAAUGUUUGGACAGAACUAAUAAAGUAUUUUAAGACAGAAAAUCUCCAUGAAUGUGAAGAAUUAGUGACCAGCGUUGAUGACUCGAACUUUGUUAUAUUGCUGACUGGCUUAAGAAAUACUGUUGAGCAAUUACUGCAGAAACUAGAAGCAAAAGAAACAGAAAUUGAAAAACGGCUGGGCCGACAAACUGAGAACAUUGUGUUUGAUGCUCCGAGGUUACGACUCUUACGUUCCACCGGAGUAUUUGAAGAGGUGAAACUAGAAAUGAAGGACAUUCAACUUCACAUAGGUGAAGGUGAAGUUGCAAUUGAAGGGCAAUCAGAAGACAUAAAUGUAGUCAAAUUAAAACUAUACGAGGUAAGCCACAAAAUUGUGCAAAACAAAUUCAGGCAUGGGUUUUCGAAGGAAUGUGUAAAUUUUAUCCAAAGAAAUCUGAUGGAUAAACUCGCCUCCAUUUUGAAAAACAGGUGCUCUACUAUAGAAUGGAAGAUAGAUAUGAGGAAUGUAAAUGUGUAUGCAUUUGAGCAGUUUGAAGACGCGGUGUCAGCGGACAACCACGGAGUGCUCAGCGAGCACAGUUACGCAUAUUUAGAGGAUGAAGAUGUUGGCACAAAUCCUGAGGAUAUUUUAAAAUCGGCUGUUGUAGAGAUACAGGAAAAUGUUCAGGACAGUUCAGUUUCGCGCGACAUUGAAACCUUUCUCGCAGAAAUGGAACAAACCUACGGGAAAAAUGCUGAAAUACAAUUCAACGAGUCCUCAGGAAAAUUAAAUAUUUAUGGAAUGAAGAAAGAAGUCAUGAUCGUACAGAGCAAAGUAAAAGACUUCCUGGAAGGGAACUCUGUGACAGAAAAGAUAAUUGAAACUGGUUUUAUGGAAGUGAGUUUCAUCAAAAGGCAUAGAGAGGAUCUUGUAUCAAGACUUGAGAAGAAAUAUGAAGUGAAGAUUUAUCUGAAUGAUGAGGUUGUGACCAUAAAGGGAAAGAAAUCUGAAAUAAUGGAUGCAGAGAAGGAACUUAAGGGUGUAUGUGAUGGGAUUCUUUGUGAAAAAUACACCAUUCAGAAAGUAGGUGUUAAAGUUGCUCUCAGAGAUGAAGAAAAGCGAGGCACAUUAACUGUUGUGGAAAACAGUGCAGGAUGUCUCAUUAAACUACCGGAUGAGAAGGCAACAGUCCUGCCAAAAGACACUUCUGAUAGAGACGUAGAUGGUAGUGACGGAUGUCAAAUUGGCCCAGGAAGUAUAAGAGGUCCUUCUAUAUCUACACAAGAUGACUUUGGUUUGGCCACAAAUGACGUACCUAAGGAAAGAGCAUUUAUUGCCCCUAAUGGAAUUAAAGUCACACUUGUGAAAGGGGAACUUGGGAAGCAAAAGGGAGAUGUCAUUGUUGCUGGAACAUCGCCGAAUUUGAAUUUGAGUAGCGGUAGUGCAUGUAAAUCGUUGUUGAUAGCUGGUGGGCAAUGUCUUCAAGAGGAAUGCAAAAUGAAAUACCCAAAUCACAUCGAAAUGGACGAAAUAGCCGUAAUUUGUGAUUGUGGAAGUCUAGCAUGUAACCAAGUGUUUUUGACAUCUUUACCAAAAUGGUCUUUUGAGGACAAACCGAGACAAGUUCUGCAGACAGUCGUUAACAAAUCGCUAAAACUAGCAUCAGAAAAGAAGAUGAACUCAAUUGUUUUCUGUGCAAUGGGCACUGGACAGUUGAACUAUCCCAAAGACCUUGUUGCUUUUCUUAUGUAUCAAACUGUGAUCGAAUUCGACCAGAGCUACCCUGAAACUACGUUAAAAGACGUCAGAUUUGUUUUGUACCACAAGGAUGUUGCUACAGUUAAUGCGUUUGAAGAAGAGGAACGGUUGAGGUUGGAAGGAAGUGGCAGCAGUCUAUUAUAUGAUCUGAAAGCAGGAAAUAUGGUGAUAGAACUGUCAGUUGAACAUAUAACAGAGCAGAAGGUUGAUGGAAUUUUAUGCCCAACAUGUUCACACAUGGAUUUAAGUCACAACGGUGUUGGUCGUGCUCUUUUAAGGGUUGGUGGAAAGCCCUUACAGGACGAAUGUAAAUCUAAAUACAGGAAAAAUCUUGAAAAAGGGCAUGUAACCGAAAUCGGAGCAGAGAAACUGUGCUGCAAGUCCUUGUUUCUAGCAGUACUACCUGGAUGCACCGGUGACACCGAAUGUAUGACCUUGCCAAACUUAACAUAUGUCAUUCAAACAGUUUUAUAUAAAGCACAAGCUAGAGGUCAUUCAUCUUUAGCUUUGCCAGUUCUGUGGCCAUUCGAGUCAUAUCCUGUUGACGAGGUAUGCACACGUAUGUUUGAGGCUGUAACAGAAUGGGCAAAGAAAAACCGAGAAUCAAGUGUACAGACUGUCAAAUUUGUUAUGCACCCAAAGGACAUUGCAGUUAUCCAGAGAUUCGAGUCAUAUGUCCUAACCGCAGAAGGACUGGGUAGAAGAGACAACAGACAGUCAUCUGACGAAUGUGAGGAACCUAGCGCUCGUCUAAAGAGUCUGGCACAACAACAAUCAAUCUACAAACCAGACUGGGACGGUGUUACAGUGGGCAAGAUAAAAUUCAGUGUUUAUAAAGACGACCUUUUUGCACAAAGGACAGAUGCAAUUGUAUCCAGCGUUGGAAAAGACUUUCUGUUCAUUGGCGCUGUAGCACAUGAAUUGAAACGAAAGUGUCCAGCAAUGGAAAUGGAAUGUCGUCAGCGGAAAGAUCUAAUACAAAAGCUGAAUACUGAAGGUGUAGUAGUGACGAAGGCUUCUGGAUUAUGCGCAAAGUCAGUAAUCCAUGUAAGAUUUGCGAAUAAUCUAAGCGAGUGGCGAAAUAGAAUGUACAAAUGUUUGGAGGUAGCCAACAAUAAGUCUUACAGGGCGAUUGCUUUUCCAGUUCUCGGUACAGGGCAAGGCUAUAAAAGUUUCGGUCCGGAUGAAGUAGCUGGAUGUCUGUUUGAAGCUAUCAAAGUCUUUGAACACUCAUACAAGACGCAUUCAAUCGAGGAGGUUCGCUUAAUUGUGUACAAAAAGCUGCCCGGAAUGUUCUCUCAAAUUAAAGAAAUGUUGCUGACAAAAAUGAAUGAACCUGAGGAAAAGGCUAUUGUUGGAAUGAAAGAACUAUCUACACGAAUGAAAACGUUGAAACAGUUUGAUUUUGCUACAGUUAGUGCUGAGGAAGAUGCCGAUCUGUCUGAAAGCCAGUUGAAGCAACCAAUUGAAGACCUUUCGUCCAUAGAGGUUCACAUAUAUUCUGACAGUAGAGCCAAUGUUGAACGUUGCAAAGCAGAAUUAGAUUCUAAAGUAGAAAACAUGUAUACUGAAUGGAAAAUUGAGAAACACAAAGAAACAAUAAAGACAUUCACAAAGGCAGAAUUAAGAGAAAUUGACCUACCAACUCUUGCAAAAGUCAACAUAGAUCCCCAGUUGGGUAUCAUAACUAUAUAUGGACCUACAGAGAAAGCAGCUGACGUUACGAACGCGAUAAAGACAAACAUCCUGGAAAUAGAUAAAAGACAUGAAUUCAAAGCUGCAGAGGAUCUCUAUAAUCAUGUCCAAUGGCAGUAUGAGGAAGUUACAACGGUUUCUUUCAAACUAGUACCUUACCACAAACGACUGAACCAGAGAAUUGAACAGGCAUAUAAAGAACAAUUACAAUCCUUCCAGUUCGAAGAAAAUGGUGACAGUUUUGUCAUUGAUUUUAUACGAUUUAUAGAGUAUCGCAAGUCGGACGAACAAAAUAGAUUAAGAGUUCUUAGAAAGGAUAUGUUAGAAGUUUUAGAGGAACCAUUGACUUUGCCGGAUGCAUGGACAGAGAUGACGUUUGAAGAUGUAGAAAACAGGUUCAUAUCAGAAGUCGAAUCAAAUGACUACCGCAAUAUCUUUAAUGGAAAUAACAUAACAGUCAGUAAGGUUGAAAGAAUUGAAAGAGGACAGACCGAAUCAUUAUACCGGCUUUACCAAGCGAAAAAAGGGCAAAUGCUGAAACAGAAAUCAAGCCUUCCAGAAGAUAAGCCGAUUGAACGGGACCUAUGGCACGCCACCAGUUCUGACACAGUUUCAAAUAUACUUAAGUAUGGCUUCAAUAGGGGAUUCUGUGGAAAAGCAACUGGUGACGCUUUGUAUGGCGAAGGUGUAUAUUUCGCUGGCGAUGCAUCACAUUCAAUCCGACGUUGGCUUUCCAGCGCGGGCUCCUGUAGGAAGGGAUACAUAUUUCUGGCCAAAGUAUUAUCUGGAAAAAUGUGCCAAGGGAAAAAAGGCAUGAGAUAUCUUUCUGAAAACGACACAGCGAAGUCCACACUGAUGUAUGACUGUGCCGUAGAUGAUGAGCAAAACCCCAGGGAAUUUAUCUUAUUUAAUGACACACAGGCGUAUCCUGUUUAUAUUAUAACCUUUCACUACUCGGGAUCGAAUGUGUUAGAUGUCUGUGAUACAACUACUACAUGAUUAAAGAAAAAUUUCAUCAGCACUAUCAGAUGUUCAACCGUAUAAACGAAAUACAUUCCAAACAGUAGAGGGAGAGAGUGCUAAGCUGAACUACGAAAUCAAUGAUCAUGAAUUCGAACUCCUUGGCAAGCAAAAUAUUCAGAGAAUCAUCUAGAAAUAUAGCGUCUUAUGUAUAUACUUGCUUUUACUAACAGUCGCACAAAUGGCUAACCGUUGACGACUAUAAAUAAGCUUAGAUAUAUUCGCGUAUUUCAAAUAGUAUGAGAAUACUAGCAUUAUAUAUCACUCUCACGUGGGUGUUAUCUAAACUUUGAUAUAAAACUCAUUCCUGAAAUCCCAAUGUUUUAUAACUGUAAAUAAUGUGUAUAUAUGGUUGCUACAGCAUGUGAGUCUUAUAUUGUUGUUGUCAGAUAUUAUUCACAUCUCAGUGUAUUUAAAUUUUGCCUAUAAAAUAUGCUACUCUAGUAUAUCGUAUUUGCAUAUCUGUAUUUUCGUGCCGUUCUGGUGUGAUAAUUACUCAUUUCAUCUUUGAUGUAUAUGAUACUGCCACAUUAUAAGUUUCGUAUGUAAAAUUUUUGUUUGAACUAAAUCAGUAUGGCAAAGGAUUUGCCAUGGCACUGAGGGCAUUAUUUUGCUGUACGUAACUGGAAGUCAUCUUUCAUGCGAACGGGAGGCGUACUUCAUUAAAAUUUCAAAGAUAACUAUGUUAUUGCGAACUGCAACAUCAUCAGAAGGUAUUCGGCUAGGUUUAAAUAUGCUUUUUUAUUUUAUUUCUUUAAAAGUUAUCAGAGUUUUUUUUUUUGGAUUUUUUUUGUUAGUUUGUAAUGUUUUUAGACAUGCGCUAGGAAAAGGUCGCAUGUAUGAAGAAACAAUACCAUUAUACACGAUAAAAACUUUAUUGUCGUUAUUGAUUACUUAACCGAAGAAGAAAUGAACCGUUAUAAAGUAGUUUUAUUAGUAACUGUUAUUCCACGAGAAAUACAGAAUAGUGUUUACUUAUAUUUGAGAAAAUUCGAAUUGCCAUUUAGAUUAUUCGAACAGCAUUUUAUUGAAUUGUAAAGAUGCGAACGGCCUUUCCUGCCAGAAAACAAUGCAAGACAUGUGUUUCGGUGAUUAAAUUGUAAUAGCAAUGAAAUUUAUUUUCUAUUCAUGAAUGAAUGUAUCAUUUGCACUGAUUAUAUCUCGUGAUAUGUAUUUUUGUUACAUAUUUAUGCGUUUAUAAUUGAAACAUAUAGGGAAUUCAUCGUAUCAGUACAGUAAGUUGUAAGCUAUAUCAAAUAAUAAUUAUGAGAUUAUGAUUACGUUUAUUACCGUCUAUUCGCAAAAGUACCGUUAAAAGGAGAAGUAUUGUUAGAGCAGUCAGUAUCAAAGCUUUUGAAUUUUAAACGAUUGUAUAGGUAUCGCGUCAAACGUUUUCAUUGUAACACCAAAUAGAACAAAGUUCGCGAGAGUUUUGUCUCAAUGUUAGACCUUAUCAUCCGACAUCAUUUGAAAAUGCAGCCGCCUAUCUACCUCACAAUGACGUCAUAGCAACACACUAAUGAUUUGUAAUUUAUUCCAUUCUUUUAUCAUUAUUUCAUCAUUAAGCAUAUAAAGGAAACAGAUUAUUCGAUUCUUCCUUAUACUCUGAGUUUGUCAUAAAUGUUAUCAUAAACUGUAUGAAUUAUGUCAUGCAUCGCACAAUUUUGUUUUCUUAAACAUAUAAAAUAUUUUACUGACGUCAUUCGGUAUAGCAACAGUUGAUUCUUUUUCACGAAUCCACAAAUGUUUUUGUUAUCAAAUUGUCACAUCUGCCGCACCCUUGGAUCGAAAUUGCGAACCCCUGAUUCAAUGUUUUUAAUUAACCUUCCGCGCUAAAAGGGCGGUUACUGAAAUCAUUAACAAUUUAAUCUUUUUAUUGUAUAGAAGCAACUCGAUAACAUACGCAAAUAAAGAAUAUUAGUAUGUGACACACGUUAUGAUAUACUGAACAAUAGCAAACAUCAUUUUAACAUGUGUCACAACUGAACAAUAUGGGAGAGAUUAAUAUCCCUACUACACCAAUGACCCGAUCACGAUAAACUUAGUUUAAUAUCAGAAUUUAUAUUAAUAGAUGCAACCUUACUUUUACAAGUGGAAACCGACUAUUUUGUACCCGAGUUAUAUGUUAUAAAUCAACUGAUAACAAGUGGCUAGUUCGUAAUAUUGUGUUUAUAAAAUGAGUGGGUUUAUAUGGUUAAGUCUUUAAAAUAAGUACUAUUUUUUGUUUUAUUAAAGCUGUUUUUGUUUAUUAAACUAUACGAAAUUGCAUAAAUGGUUUGUCAGAGAAACCACUCAUAAUUGUGGAUUCGAGAAAAAUGAAUCCAAUCCGAAUACGCAGUUGAGUUUUAUCACCUAUAUUUAACAUAAGGUAAUUACACCAAUGUCUGGUCUUAAGUGGAAGUGGCCAGUUUCAUAUUAUUUCCCAGAUUAGGUUUUCUGAAUAAAAGACGUAGAUAUAUUUUAAAGGCAUUUAUAUUCAGCUAGUUUUUUGAUGUUUAUAGAACUGAGGAUUCCCACAAAUGAGAGGUCGGGCGAGGAAUCGAAUGUCCACCAAAAUGGAUUGAACGGCUAUUUAUUCAUCUAGAUUAAGCUGAAACGGUCAGGAAACGCUUUUCUUACCACCGUUAUUUACGUAUAAAAAUAUACAUACUUUGUAGGUCAAUCAUUUGCAGAUAAUACGAGACAGUCUUGCUAGAUGUGCAAUUUUGGCCAUUUUUGUCUCAAAAUUCAGCGUUCCGAAACCAAAAUUUUACUUGUUUUUAUCAAUGCACUGUCCACUGCCCCCAUGAUUGCUUGGUUACCAUUGUGUUAUAAAAUCAAGACAAAUGGCUUGCAGAUCUGUGUAAUAGACUUGUUGUAAAGGAAGAAAAUGUACGAACAUGCACCAUGGGUUUCAGAUGUAUUUUGGUUCCUUGGAUCAAAGUCAGGAUUAUUAUUACUUACAUGGUUUCUCUUCAGUUAGGAAGGAGGUAGGCAUAUCAAAUCUGGUAAAUAGGUAAUUUCAUAGAAACUAAUGUUUUUCUUUCAGUUAGGUAGGAUGGGUUAGGGUUAUUGUUACUAAAUACAUAAAAAACAGUUUUCUAUCAGUUUCUGUAACUUAGUAAGGAAUUGGUAGGGACGGAAAUUCAAUAUAAAUUCCAAUGCUUUUUAUAGGCAGAUAAUAUAUUUCAAGGGUGAAACAGUUCACUGAAUUUGCUUGUUAUUAUAGACUUUGAGGCGAGAGCUUAUUUGUGAGGCACAUGAUAGAUAACGAGGAAUUUGACGAGUUUGGUAUCAAAAAUAAGCUGAAGACAAUUCUGUUUGAUAAAACCUUCAUUAUGUCAGAACAUACUUUCACACACAUAUUCUCUAUGUAGUUUUGAUGAUAAAUCAUGUAAUGGCAUAACAAAGUUUUUACCUUACAGAAAUGUACAAUUAUUUAAACUUUUGAAUGUCUUGCAUAUUCCUAAACUAGUUUUUUAUGUUUUACAUAUUGUACAAAGUGUAAAUAUCACCAUUCCUUUUCUAGUUUAGCCUUGUAACCAUAGUAACACAGAGGGUUUUCUUCUGUCUUUUAAACUGAAAUAAGUAGCUGAUUUCAAUUUUGUAUAUAAGAAUAUAGCGUCGCAUACAAAACAGAUACCCGUUUUCUACUUCGCAAACAUUAUUACUACAAUUCAGCGAAUGUCCUUCGGCAGGAAAUACCAAAGAUCCACAAUAAAUUCAUACCUGAAAUGCGUGUAGAGGCUAUAUUUGGUAAACAUUAAUUAGAUUGGCGCCGGAAAUGAAAAUGGCACCAAACUGUAUGAACCGCCAUGUAAUAGUUCUGUAUUGAGUUACGGAAGUACUUCAGUUUUAACCAUGGCAGUCCAUUAAUGCUCGGUUGGAAAUAUACGGAUUGCUUUCUUUGUUUUCUGUGUUUUAUGCCUGAAAUAACUAUUUGUAACGUGGAAAUUAAAAUAAUUUAUCAUGCAUAUCCUGUAUCUUUGUAUUUUCACAUAUGUCACUCGCGAACAAAUUUAUACGUUAUUAACUUUGCAUCAGGAAGUAUGCACGAGAUCUGCAGUGCACAUAUUGCCCGACUUUAGGAACGCAGUAUUCUUUCAGUAAAGAAUAGGUGCAUAUUUUCCGAUGCAAAGAUAAUAACCUUUUUAAUGCAUUAUUAUCUACACGUAUAAAUUUAAUGUAAAUAUUAUGAAUUUGUUCAAUCGCCUAAAUAAGAUUGACAAUACUGAACUAAAUAAAAGAAUUAAUGCAACGACACAUUGAAUAAUGUCACGCAUCCAAUAUGAAAUUCAGGCGUCAGUAUAUGGAAAAAAUAUUGACGUUUCUGGUUGCAUUGUAAGUUAAUGGGGAAUAAAAACUAGUAUGUAAUAAGUUAUUAUUUUAAUGACGUCAACAUAACGAUAUAAGAUAAAUAGAGAUGUUUUAUGCUGAGGCACAUGACAGGGUAAUGCAUUUUGUUAUCUCUAAUGUAGCUUUUAUUUCAAAAUUUGAUAUCAAAGGACGAUAUCUAACGAAUAGCAUGGUGGUAUUCUUUGCCAUCAUAUUGUAUUUUUAUUAAUUUUUGAUGUAUUGAUGUUAUAAUAUUUGUUAAUAAAUAUAACAAGAGUUA